ACCAUUAGUCAUGAUUAGAAAAGGUCUCCGGAAGAAGCCUAAAUUAUAUGAGCCUAAGUUAGCGCUUAUGCAACUGAAUCAGGAACUAGCCUUUUUUUUUUUUUUUAACUUCAGAGAGUUGGUCAGGGUCUUCCAAAAUCUUUUAAAAAAUAUGAUAUAUUUAUUUAUAUAUAUUUAUUAUUUAAUUAUAUUUAUUAUUUAAAUGUAAUCCAUAUACGCCAAAAAUUGUUCGUAGGAGUGUGUGUGUGUGUGUGUGUGUGUGUGUGUGUGUGUGUGUGUGUCAUUGUUUCCAAUGAGAGCUCAAUAUAAGGAAGUACAAAACUGUACUAACUGCAUAAGUAAAUAACUUGUCAAACGUCCAGAGAAUCUCAUUUUUGCCUGCCAAGCUCAGUGGUCAAGCAGUUAUAUGUUUUAACUUUAGCCGUUAAUGGCUGAAAACUGUAAAAAUGCAGUUAUGUGCUUUUCUUCUGCUGAGUUUGGCUGUGGCUCUUUGUCUUGCAUCACCAAUGCUCCCACCAGAUAUAAAUGGCACUGAGGAAUGUAAGGACAUUCCUGAUAUAAACAAAGGUUUAAAUCUCAGAGAAGGAGACAUCAUGAUGCCUAAUCAAAGGAACGCCAUUCUUGGGAAUCGGUGGGAUAUUCCCGUCCCAUAUGAGCUGAGUAUGAAUCUAAAUAUGAACUAUAAAGGAGUCAUUUUGAGAGCCUUUGAGCAGUUCAGACUGAAAUCAUGUAUUGACUUCAAGCCCAGAGCAGCAGAAAAUUUUUACAUCUCUGUGGAGAGUCGUGAAGGGUGUUGGUCAUAUGUUGGGCGCAUAUUUUCUGGAGGUCAGACUCUUUCCAUUGGAGAUGGCUGUGGAAUAAAAGCCAUUGUUGAGCAUGAGUUUCUCCAUGCACUAGGAUUUUGGCAUGAGCAGUCAAGAUAUGACAGAGAUGAUUAUGUGACCAUCAAAUUUGAAAACAUCAUAAAAGGGAAGGAGAGCAAUUUCAAUAAAUACGGUGAGAAUGUGACCACCACCCAAGGCACCCCAUAUGACCAUUACUCUGUGAUGCAUUAUGAUAAAAAUGCCUUCGGUAACGGUAAUGGAUCCACGAUCAUCACCAAGCGUCCUGAGUUCCAGGAUGUGAUUGGUCAACGAAUGGACAUCAGUGAAUAUGAUGCGAUUGAGCUCAACAAACUCUAUAAAUGCAAUUCCUCCAUCUCUUUUCUUGACCACUGCAGUUUUGAUGAUGAAUCUCUGUGUCAGAUGAGCAUCUGUUCUGCUGCUGAUUAUGGCUGGCAGAGAGUGAAGUCAGUGAGUGGCAUCAGUGUGACUGACCACACCUACUUGGGCAAAGAACAGAAUGGGACGUCUUUUUUCAUGCACUUCAGCACUGAGGGCAGAAAGGAGGGGGACGCAGCCAGAAUGGAAAGCAAAACAAUGACCCCUAAAAGAGACUGCAGUGUCCAGUGCCUGCAGUUCUACUACUAUCACAGUGGUAAUGAGUCUGACCAGCUCAACAUCUGGAUCCGAGAGUACCAGAAUGAAGCAGACAACAGAGGAACUCUCAGACUUAUGGAUCAGAUCACAGAAUUCCCUGGUAAUUACUGGAAGCUGCAUCAUGUGUCACUGAAUGCAUAUAAAACCUUCCAAGUUGUAUUUGAAGCCCGUAAAGGAGCUGGAAGCUCCAGUGGAGGCUUUUCACUGGAUGAUAUCAAUAUUUCAGAGACUGAGUGUCCCCACACAUGGCAGAUAAGGAACUUUUCAAUAAUGGAAUAUUCAGAACAUUACAGUCCAUUGUAUUACUCUAGUGAUGGCUAUCGCUUUCAGGCUAAGUUAUCAGUGAAUCAGUAUAAUCUUGGCAUGUAUGUUGGUCUGGUAUCUGGUGCAUAUGAUGACCAGUUGCAGUGGCCUUGUCCAUGGAGACAAAUAACCUUCCAGAUGCUUGACCAGAAUCCACACAUACAGAAGCGCAUGUCCUCUGAACAAAGCAUCACCACUGACCCUACUUCGAUUUCUUCCAAUGGCAGAUAUUACUGGGACAAUCCUCGAAAAAAUGGAGCUCGAGUCACCAUUGGCAACGAGACCGUAUAUGUGGGUCUUUUUUGGGGCUAUACAUAUUUCAUUAUGAAAGAUGAUCUGAUCAGAAGAGAGUUCAUCAAGGGUGGUGACAUCAUAUUUCUCUUCAACAUGCAAGAUAUCUCAGGGCUACUUCAGAAUCACUCUCUACCCUGCUCUAAAGUGACAGUGAAGAAUUUCAACAUUUCUCCUGAUGCGAGUGCCCGGCAGGGACCAUGUGCUACAAGUGAAUGUCUGGACAAACUUUGCAAUUCCAGUGCCAAGGCUGUUUCUUCUCUGAUCCUCUUGAUGGUUUGCUUCCUUUUGCUGGUGAAUUAAACACGGGAAGCCACUUUUAAUCAAUAUCCAAUGUCUGACUACACAAGAGUUGUAAUCAUUGUCAAAGCACUGCAUCUAUCUAUGAUACCAUUAAAUCCAUUGAUCCAUUUUCCAAGGCAACUGUCCUUUUCAGGAUUGCACAGACUAUCCCUUUGUAGCCUAUCCAAGCAUCUCAGGUCAGAGGCAGGGAAACACCCUGGAUGGAUGGCCAGUCCAUCACAGGGCUAACACACACUUAGACACAUUCACUUUUUCACCCAUGCCUAUAGACAAUUUAUUGUCUCCAAUUCAAGUAUGCUAGAUGUCUUGUGGAGGAAACCGAAAUACCCGGAGGAAACCCAUGCUAAGAUGGGGAGAGCAUGUAAAGUUCCUGGGCUUGAUAACAUUGAAUGUGCAAUUUAAUUAAGCUUUUUACACAGACUGUAUCUAUAUAAAGCAAUCAACAUGUUAAUCUUAACUGUAAUUCCAGUGAUUACAGUUGUAUAUCUCUUCAAUGUUUCACACUCUCUUUAAAGCUUUGAUUAAAAUUUUGCAAUA